GGCGCUAAUUGCCAGCGUCAAUCUCCCCGAACUGCCGGGAACCGAUCUGAGGCCGUCAGGGCCGUCUCCUGCCACAUAGCGGGCAAAUCAACCUGAAGCUAUAGUGCAGCCACCGGCAGCCAAGGGCAGGCAGCCAGACGGGCAGGCGGGCAGACGGGCAGCUCCCUGCCGGGUCCCUGUCUGAGACGGCCAGCGUCGACAUACGGAGUACGCAGUAUCGCGAUCCGCGACACAUAUCCAGACAUCUCGACACACUGCAGUCCGGCGUAGUAGCCGGGUAGCCAGGUAGCCAGGUAGCCAGGUAACCAGGCACAAUCAACAUCCCCUUCCAACCACUCCCGAUGCGGCAUAGCCCACCAUGCGCCGGCGAUCACGGACGGCGGUCAGCUGUGGAGUUCGUUGAUGAAAAUGUGCCCAUUCGCUGCUGCUCAUUCUAAUAAACACGACCGACCCGACCCCCAAAAAAAGACCGCCCCUCCCCCCCCCGGGCGUGCUCGUAAAGCUCCACCACAUCCUCCUUGCGUCGACGGUUCUGCGCUGGGCGACUCAUUCAUUCAUGGUGCCUUUCCACCUGGCGCCCGUUUCUCCAUCUGCCCCCCUUCCCUCGUCCUCUCUCCGUGGUCUCUGAUUUCCUUCUUCAUCCUCCUGCCGCCCUGGCCCUGCUCCUUGCUGGUCAUCCUGCACAUAGACGCUCGUUUUGUGAGGCUUUUCUGCGGCUGCGAGCUAUAAACCACCACUACAUUGUUCACCAAAGCCUCUCGGGACUCGGGACUCGGCCGAGUCUGCCCAGGUGUGCUGCUGCGUCGAGAUCAAGAAACAUCCACCCGCCACCAGCUCCGCCCGUGGCUGCAGCUCUUGUGACGCCCUCAACCGCCCUCUUUCGACAGCCCCGACUAAUAAUAAACCGACCACAACUUUCAGCUCUGCCGCUCUGCCGCUCUGCCGAGAAGCCCCUGGCAGGUGCCCUGCUGCCACUACUUUGCUGACCGUGGACCGGGAAAAAACAGGGCCCCGCCCCAGCCUCACCAUCUCUGUCAGACCCGACAGCAGCGAGUGAACACUUCAGAGGCCUUUGCUUUUGUUGUGUUCCUGGCAGCCUCCUGCCCUCCCAGGACCCGCUCUUCCUCUACAAGUGGGGCUGCAUCCCGGAUUCCUGCUGCCGCCGCCAUCACUUAUUCGACCGUGGUUAAAUGCUCGGAUCUUCCGGACGCCCAUUGUGGAGGAUGACGACAGAGUGUCGACACCGAGGCUGAGUCGUGAAGUGCGCAAUAAACCAUCGUUUAGUUUGACUUUUAUUUGUUUUCCGCUCCUGAUAGCAGCAGCCGAUCGUCUCGCUCUACAUACCGCUGCUCUACCCACCAUCCAGCCCUGGGCAAUACCGGAGACCAGUAACAUCUAAUCGCCCUGCCUCCCCGGGAUCCUGAAGCAGACCGAGACAGAUUCCGAGGGAGACCAUGGCAGCCGCCAACGCCGCCCGGCCGCCCAUGCCGGCGGCGGCGAAUCAGCAUAAACCACGGGCCAGUGGCUCGUGGGACGACCUGCUUCGUAACAAGGGUCAGGACAAGAUGCAGCAGGCGCGGGCGCGUGCUGCUCAGAACAAUGACAGCCACGGCGGUAACGGCAUCAUGUCGAGGCGACCUUACAGCAGCGGCGUUGACUGGAGGCCGAUGAGCCAGUUCAAUCAGCCACCACCACCACCACCACCACAACAACAACAACACCAACCUGUGCGCGCGCGCAUGGAACUGCACCAUGCCAACCAGCGGUCGUCGCAGGCAUUCGCCGCGCACGUCGCCGCCCUCAAUGGGAACCCGGCAACGUCGCCACUCUCGCGCGAGAUCACGCUCGGGCCAGAACUCGACACCGGCUCCCCAGACUACGGCAUCAUGCCGUCCGAGAUUAAUCACUACAGCCUCAAGAACAACCGACGAUCCCAGACAUACCCCUUGCCACAGGCUCAGCAGGCGCCGGCCUCCCAGCGGCCAGGCAUGUAUUCGCGGCCCCGGCCGGGCAGCUUCCACUCGUUCGACGGGACGUUGGACAGCCAGGGCCGGAUGCGUGCCAACAGUUGGGGCGGCAUGCCGGUCAUCGAGGAGGCCCAGGCCUUCGGGACGUAUCCCCCCGCGCACUACAGCACCUACCAGCAGCAGCACGCGUAUCGAAGCUCGGCGCCGGUGUGGCAGGGACGGCCGGAGCCGGCCAAGCAGCAGGCGGCGGCACGAGCCCGCAGGCCUGGGCCAGACGAGCUGUUCAACAGGCUGCCCGUCGAGGUGCUGCGGCUGGUUAUUGGGUACGUGAGGGCGGGACACCUGGACGACAGCAACAGCGGCAGCAACAGUUGUGCGACGUGUUGGAUGCGAGACAGCUGCGCGGUGGCGCUGUGCAACAGGAGGCUCCUCACGGUUGCGAGGGAGGCGCUGUACGGCGACAUCCAGCUUGUCGGGAAGGACGGCGCGCAGAUGGGCAAGAGGUACAAGGGUUUGUACGCGCCCCGACUGGUGCUCCUGCGGCGUACGCUCCGCGCUAACAGGAGUCUCGGGGCUGUGGUGCGCUCGCUCAAGGUGCCUGCGCUCCCAGACGGAGCACCCAUCGAGGCGACAAAAUACCAUGACCUGGUGGCGUCGGUGGUGAUGGCGUGUCCCAACCUCGAGAGGCUGGACGGCUUCUACCCCAGCUAUCGCCACGGUAGCGAGAGUCACCUCCUGCACGCCCUGGAGACGAGGCGGAAGCUCAAGGAGUUGACCUGGGUCGUUGAGGCGACGCCACCCGAACCGUCGGUGGAGAACGGCCGCGCAGGGAAGAGGACAUCGCAGUCUCGGAAGAGGCACUCCCGGUGGGCGCCGUCGACACCGCUGCCCGCAGACGACAGUACUCCAGAGCGCCGCCAGGAGCUGGCAGCGGCGUCUGUCAGCCGUUUCGUGAUGCGGCACGACAACUGGAAAGAGCUGACCCACCUGACCAUCCACUGCGUGCCCGGCGCAGGCUUGUCAACAGACGGCACGACCGUCCCCGCGAUCCUUGCCCUCCUCCCCGGGAUCGACUCGCUGUACCUCUCCCACCUGCCGGAGAGCUCCUUCAACGACGAGUCCCUCCUCAGGCUGCCGCGGGCCCUCAAGAAGCUCGGCAUCGCCCACUGUGCCGGCGUGAACACCGCGGGCCUGACGGCCUUUGCGACCCGCUCCGCCGCAGCCAGGUCUCUUGAGACCCUGACGCUGAUCCACCAGGGCAUCGAUAGCCUAGACGCCCUGGUACGGAUGCUAGCGAAGCUUGGUGCCCUCACGACGCUCAGCGUCGUGCAGGCAGCAGCUCCCACGGUCGGUGAUGACACGUUUCUGUUCAUGCCGUACCUCGCGUCGCGAUCGCUGAGCAAGUUGCAUUGGGACAUCUUCGAGAGCGGCGCUGUCGCAGCGACGGGGGCAGACGACGUACUGUCGCGCAGCAUCGCGGCCGGUGGGUUCCCGCGGCUGCGCGCGGUGCGUGUGCCCAACGACCCGGACGGGCUCUUCCAGGCCCUGUGCAAGCCCAAGGAGCGGGCAGACCUCCCCGGCGACAGGUACCGUAACGCCGGGCUGGUGGGCCAGGCCACCAGCUCCAAAGGCCACAGCAGGUCCUCCACCAACCUGGCCAACACGGAGGACGCGGGCGCACGCUCCUCGUCAGACACCAGGGACAGCGGUAAGGAGCUCCGCCUCCUGCCGGCGCGAGAGUACGGAAGCGACCUGCACGCGGCGCGGCUGGCAGCGCAGGGGCGGCUGGAGGCUGCGCGGCGGUUUCCACGCUUCGAGGCCACCGUGGUUGACGAGAGCGGCGAGGUGGUAUCGAGCGAGGGGCUGGCUGGCUUCAUUGGCGAUGCGGGCAGCCGGAUACAAUACUGCCUGGUGCCGGACGAAGGGGGGACGGACACGCGGGGCGGGCUUGCUGUCAUGGACGACUUGCUCGGCGACGGGGGCGAGGACCUGCUCCGGAGGGGCGAUGUUAGCAGCAAUGCCGGGGGUGGGUUUGGCAGCGGGCUGGCGCCUCAUUGCGUGGUGCCGGGACAGCAGCAUGAGAGGGUCGAAGGCGCGCCCAGCCGGGGCAGGCUCGUCAAACGAGACAGCGGAGGGAAGAGCAGCAAGGAGAGGGAGAAGGAGAGGGAGAGGGAGAGGGAGAGGGAGAGGGACGGCGAGGACGUUGGCAGGGCGAGGGAGGGGUGCACAGGACGAUGGAACUCGUAUAAUCCCGAAGGGCUGGUGGACAAGAAGAGCGCCUCUGGAGACCGGUGGUGGCACGUCGAACGAGGACGGUGGAGAGGCCGAGUGGAGCUGUCUUGACCAACAGGCGCAGAGGCUGCGAGGGACCAAGAGAUACCCCAAACAUGCGACGACGGUUUUCAUUGUUUUGUAUAGAAGUCCACCCACACACAUAGUCUUGGCCAGACUAGGCGGAUAAGGUACUCGAGUAGUCAGUCAGUCAGCCAGCCAGUCAGUCAAUCAUAAUGAAUAAUGCCCAGAGGAAACCCAAUGCAGUACACAAACGGCAGGCCAGUCAUUGCAUCAGUGGUCCGAGGUCGAGCAAGCCCAAC